AUGAGGUCAAGCGAAUGGAUUCUCGGCCACACAGAAUACCAUAAAUGGAGAUCUGGACCCGAGCACACUGACGCCAAAGCUAUGUUCUUCUGCAUCAAGGGACAUCCAGGAAGUGGAAAAUCUACCUUGAUUCAGCAUGCCCUCGAACGCCACAAAGCACAGCGUGGGGACCAUUACGUGGUGUCUUUCUUCUUCAAUGCUUAUGGUCCUUACUCCCAACGUAAUGUCAGUUACAUGUAUCAAAGUCUCUUGGUACAAGUGCUGGAAAACAUGCCUCGAAUCCCCUCAGAAGCUGUCUCCACCGAAAACUUGUCGCUGAAUGCUGUUUGGGAGACAUACGCCCUGAGAGAGCUACUGGAAUACAUCAUACCUCUUCUGGACAAGCCACUAUUCUGUUUCAUUGAUGCGAGUGGGUGCCAGCCCAUGGAUCUGCCAGACAUCAUCCACCUUUUCGAUCGAAUCGCCAAGACUUGCGAACACAAAACCAGUCUCAGAGUUUGUUUCACAUAUCCACAUGACAAAGACAUUCCUGAGGUUGUCACACAAAUGGCCACCAUCUCUUUAGAAACACAAGAAGGGCACCGUCGAGACAUUCUUCGCUUCAUGGGACAGCAUCUAGAAAGUAGUCAUCACAACUCUUUCGAGCAAUUAGACCAGCUUGCGCAGAAAGCCGAAGCGAACUUCUUGUGGGGCAAACUGGCUAUAGGCCUUCUCCAGAAGGACUUUUCUCAAGCUGGUAAUUUCCAAAUGGGAAGAGCUGCCGUCGUGGAAAGAAUGCAGGACCUGCCUCGCGGGCUUCCACAGCUUUUCAACUACAUACUGAACGAAGCUGACCGCCAGCAAGACGACCAAUUCCUAUUGUUACUCAAGUCUGUCAAUCAAUCACCGAAACCACCCAAAGCUGAAGAGAUGUAUAAGCUGACAAGAUCGACUGCUGAGGUUUUCCGGCGUCAAACGAAAGAUGGUGCUGUACAUUCCAUUCUCGAUCUAUCGAGAGGGCUGUUGGAAAUUACAGGGAAAAAAGGGAGUCAUGUGCGGUUUGUUCACAGUUGCAUACCACAACUUCUGGAAAGCCUUGAAAUUGUAGGAGGUGCUCGUGAGAGGAGCUUGGCAACAUCCCCCGGAGUGGCUCACGAUCGCAUCAAGAACGACUGUAUCGAAUUACUGAGGCGACUAAAUGACGAUAUGAUCGACUUGGAGACGGCAACAUACGCGGUCGAGAACGUCAUUCCCAACGCUGAUGAAGCUCAACGAUUAGGGGUUUCGCAAGCCGACUUCGUCACGAGCUUCCCAGUGACUGAAUGGAUUCAACUCACUAACAUCAUCUCUGGACAUGAAAACUUCGCCGCGAAUACUAGUUUGAUUUACGUACUCGCCGAUAUGAAUAUGCCGCAUCUCAUUCUCGCCCAUCCAGCAAGUCUCCAAUCGUAUUUGCUACCGAACUCAGGCAUGUUAGGCACUCCACUCUUUGUAGCACUUGCGAAGAUGAACAAAGAGACCCUAUUUGCGUUCCUCAACCUUGAAAGAGGUCGUACAAAACCCAUGCAUCCCUAUUCAAAUUCUUGGGCCCCUCCUGAUGAGCAUGCGAAGCUCUGCGCUCAGUAUUUCGGAAUACUGCAAGAAGCUCACCAAACUGGAACCAUGAAACACAUAUUGUCUCCAGAGAGCAGUAAAUUGUCAGAUAUGACAGCUGUGAUUGCGUUCAUGAAGCGUCCAGGCAAUGAGAUCCUUCACCUGUUCUUGAUGCUAGCUGGUCGUGUAGAUAUGGAUAGUCAAGCCUUUGAGACGACCAAGGCGGUAGCUCAGGUCAAGAGACCACUACUUCUCGAGUAUCCUGGCCUACCAAAGACCUCACAGAUCACCAGUAGAGGCAUGGCGGAUGGAUCGAUGAGUCAAUCGGCUUCACAGGUCCUACCACGUGGUGCGGCACAGGAGUACUAUGAAUCAUUCGAGACCCACCCGGAUGGAUAUAACUCGCAUCAAACAGAUGCACAUGUGGAACCUGGUGAAAUAACAUCAAAGGCUCUUGGCGCCCUUGAAAUGGAUAGGUUUCGCCUUACAGCUGGCAAAUCCGCGGAGAGAUCCGUCGAGCAUCCCUUAAAGAAAGGCGAUGCAGUGUUGGACAGUAAGAAAGCAAAGUCGAAGAGCGAAAAACACCGAAAAGCUUCAACCAUCCGAAAACGAAGGACUGACAAGAAGAGGUCUGCUGCAGUUUAUGACAGCUCAGAUGAGGAGAUUUCGAAGAAGGUUCUGUCCUCAAAGUCCAAGAAGCAUCAUGUAAAGCCGCAUACAAAGUCAGAUGGUCAGCGUGGGCACACGAACGCGACCCACAAAAACAAACAACGAAACGUCAAGGCACAAGACGCACACGGACCGAACCUAGGGGCUCCUACAAAAGCUGGAAGGCAUGAGCUUUCGAAGCCGAACAAAGAUCACAGCGACAAGCGUCAUAUCGACAAGAGAUAUAGCGACAAGUCUCAUAGCAACACCCGAACGCUCUUCGUCACCGAGACAACUGAGAUUCAAACAUCAAAUUCAAAAUCUACCGAACACCAAAAGCUUCAUGACCUGAGAGUCUGUGGUGCACACGCUCCCCCAAAGGGCCCACCGAUCAAUGAUAUAAACGCUACGAACCAGCAUACCGGUGAUUCGGCCUCUGAGGACUGUGGCUCGGAUGAAGUAAGCUCCUCAGACAGUUCAAGCUCGUCAGAUACAUCUUCUGAUUCCACCUCGUCCGAAGACUCUCAAUCAAUCGAUGAGGAUGACCUUUUGAUUUCAACUCCACACCCCCAGAUUGUUGUAAACUCACAAUCUCCCAGCCCGUUCCAAGAUCACGAGAAGCCCGUUUGGCCUCCGUUGGACGAUUUACAUGCGGACGGUCAAUCUGUACGUGGUGAUAUGCAAGCACCAAAUACUCCAAUGGGCGAUGCGGCUAUCAAUCAACAUGAUCAUCAUUCGAUCCGCAACCAUCACGAUACAUCCUUCUGGCCAGCGUUUACUCCCGAGAGUCACGAGGAAAUAGGAACUCGGCAUAUGAAUCAUCAUCAUCAGCCAGAAGGUGCAUUCAGUCCCAUCAGCCCUGUGUCUGUGUACCCAAGCAUUACAAGCACUAGGGGCAGCCAAGCAAACUCUCCCAGUUCCCAUGGCUCUACAUCCAGCUCUAGCAGUUCUAGCUCAGGUGAUGAGAGCAGUGACGAAGAUCGCGACUUCUCAUACACACAAUAUGCUGGAAUCGACAUGACAAGCGCUGGUAAAGGAAGCGACUCGGAAACAGACGAGAUUUACAGCCCAGACUAUGGCCAUGGACAACAAUAUGAGAGCAGUGACAGCUCAAAUGACGACGACGACGGAGGUCAUGGGAAGACUGACGAAAUUGAGGACGGCGAAGACAGUCAUUCCGACGUUGGAAAGGAUGAUGUCUCAGAUAAUGGAUCCGAAGGUGAUCAUGACGGACAAUAUGAGUCCUCAGAUAGUGCGACCGGGAGUUAUGACGAUCAGCUUGGCGGAGAAAGGUAUGACAGUGAUAGCGACUAG